AUGUGCCAUACAACGAUGCUCAUGCCCAAGCCUAAAGGAAUGGCCAGCUUUAAAAGAGGAGGGACGAAAAGCCAAGUGCAAUCAGUGAGUGGAAACGCGAAGUGGAAGACGAUGGAUGAUUCUGAGAAGAAGACGCAAAUCCUUUGCUCUGUGAAAAUCUUGAGCUGGUUGCGCAAAGAUCUCGUGGAUUGCAUACUUUCCGAUAAAAAGGAACAGGAAAACGAGACGAAGCAGCAAGACGAACCCAAGAAGAAACAAACUCCAACGAGAUCCACUACGAGAAAGAGACGAAAGCUGGGUCAUGAGGAACCAAAAGACCAGUGA